AUGCAACGAGCCUCCUGUCUCUUCCUCUUCUUCGUCCUCUUUGCCCAAGCCGCAUGGGGAUUUCAGCUGGCCCCGCUGCACGUGGCUGCCGAUCCUUCCCAGAGAGUCGAGGGCGAGUACCUCGUCCUCCUACGCGAGGGCCUUAGCCGACCCCUCUGGCUUCACCGGUCAGUCGAGACGCAGGUGGCGAGCCUGCGCGCGGCCCUGUACGCCGCGGCUGACGGCAGUGAGCUGAAGCACGUGUUCGCCAUCGGUCCCGACUUUCGCGCUUUGCACCUCAAACUCAGCCCCAGGCUUCUCGACAUGGUGAGGCGACAUCCCGAUGUGGCUCUCGUUGAAGAGAACCAGGUGGUUCGCACGAGCGAAACCUGUCGACAACAGAAGGACGUCCCUUGGAAUCUGGGUCGCAUUGACACGCAUGAGCUGGCGCGGGUGGACGACGACUACUCGUACGGCUUUACCGGCCGGGGUGUUGACGUCUUCAUCAUCGACACGGGCAUCUUGACGAGCCACGUCGAGUUCGGAGGCAGAGCCGAGUGGGGCGCCAACUUUGGCGACCAGAGCGACUUUGAUUGCAACGGCCAUGGCACGCAUGUCGCGGGCAUCGUGGCCGGCCAUCGCUAUGGCGUAGCCAAGAACGCCACCGUCAUCGCCGUUAAGGUGCUGGGCUGCGCUGGCGCGGGCUCGUGGGACGCCGUGAUCUCCGGCGUGCAGUGGACCGCGGAGCAGGCCAAGAAGCGCGGCAGGCCCGCGGUGGCCAACAUGUCCCUUAGCGGCGGCAAGAGUCCAACCGCCAACGCCGCCGUAGCCGCGGCGGUGGCCCUGGGCGUGACAAUCAGCGUAGCGGCGGGCAACGAGUUCUCAGACGCGUGCACCAGGUCGCCGGCCAUGGUACCCACCGUGCUCACCGUGGCCGCCACCUACGUGGCCGACGAGAACGAGACGGCGACGGCAACCACGGUCCGGCGGGACCGGCGCGCCGACUUCUCCAACUACGGCACCUGCGUGAACAUCGCGGCGCCGGGCAAGGACAUCCGAUCGGCGUGGAUCAACGACGGCGGCGGCAAGCCGGAUGCCACCUACUACACCCUGUCGGGCACGUCGAUGGCCAGCCCGCACGUGGCUGGCGUGGCGGCGCUGGUCCUGAGCCGGUUCCCGGAGGAGCAGUUGACGCCGCGCGAGGUGGGCGCGUACCUCCGCAAGCACGCCACGAACGGGGUGAUCGACCUUGCGUGUGAGGAGGCCGCCCCGGACGACGAGCCGGCAUGCCGCGCCACCCCAAACAAGCUCCUGUUCACCAACUGCUAA